AUGGAAAUUGAAGUGAAAGUCGAACCGAGAACGCCACUGAAGCGCCCUUUGUCGUUUUCUGACGACAGUGUCGAGUGGGACAGCAUUCGUGAUGAGAUUCCUGCUGAUGAUGAUAAUGAUGAUGGAGCCGUAAUGAACGCAAAGGGUUUGCCUGUUGACUGGAUUCCUUUUGGAUAUGUGCGUGGGCGAAAGGCGAAGAAGCAGCGAUUAGAACUAGGUGCCGUUGCUCCAGUCAAGAAAGAGAGAAUUGCAACGAUUGACAAGCUAGAGAAUGAAGGUGAACGAGAAGUUGCAAACCAGAUUCUUCAAUCAAUCCCUAAAUACUGCGGAUCGUUUGUCUUUGAA